CUGUUGGUAGACAGAGUCCACGUGUGGUGUUAUAUCGAACACAGGAUCUAUGUUCCUUAGAAAACAGGCUUCAGUCUGGAGGAGCUGGCUCAAUGGGCUCAGCAGAUCACAGAUUCAAUUUGGCCGAUAUCCUGUCUCACAAUUACCCAUCUCAGGAAGAGGAGGAAACGCCUGAGGCCGAUAAAUCAUUUGAGGAUCUGGAAAGGGAAAGUGAUGUGCCUUUCGAAGAACUUCUAGCACUUUAUGGUUAUGAAGCAUCCGAUCCAAUCUCCGAGCAUGAAAGUGAGGGCAGCUCACCUAGUGAGCUUGCUGAUAACUUGCCAGAUAUGACUCUGGAUAAGGAGCAAAUAGCUAAAGAUCUUCUUUCUGGAGAAGAGGAGGAAGAAACCCAGUCUUCAGCUGAUGAUUUAACUCCAUCUGUCACUUCCCAUGAGGCAUCUGAUCUUUUUCCCCACCCUCUGAGAUCUAAUUCUAUUGAGGAUGAUAAGGAACUGUCAUUAUCAGAUGAGGAUUCUGAAGAAGAUGAUUCAAUUUUAUCAAAUGACUGUAAAAAGGAGAUUAUGGUUGGACCUCAGUAUCAAGCCCCUAUUCCACCAUUUAUUGGCCGAUAUAGACAAAAUGAAAAAGUUUAUGACAAUGAGGAUCAGUUGCUUUGGGAUCCCUAUGUUCUUCCGGAAAGACAAGUUGAAGAGUUUCUAUACAAAGCGGUAAAGAGAACAAGAGAUGAGAAAACCAAUGAGAGCUUGCCUGAAGGAGUACUCAUUAAAGAUAGUGAGCAGGCCUUGUAUGAACUUGUAAAAUGUAACUUCAAUGCAGAGGAAGCCCUCAGAAGACUAAGAUUUAAUGUCAAAGUAGUGCAAGAUGAACUGUGUGCAUGGAGUGAAGAGGAAUGCAGAAAUUUUGAACAUGGACUUCGGGUUCAUGGCAAAAAUUUCCAUCUUAUACAAGCAAAUAAGGUAAGAACACGUUCCGUUGGUGAAUGCGUUGCAUAUUAUUACAUGUGGAAGAAAUCUGAACGUUACGAUUAUUUUGCUCAACAAACAAAAUUUGGAAAGAAGAAGUACAGUCUUCACCCAGGUGUCCUAGAUUACAUGGACCAGGAGUUGGAUGGCAUUGAAGGUGAGAGUUGCAGCCAAACUCCAAACUCGCCACCCAUCUCCUCCACUACCAGCAGACUGGACUCUGAACAAGAUCCACUACUCAUCCAGAACUCAGAACAGCAAGAUGUCGAAAUUGCAGUUUGCACCAUGAGUGGUAACAGCCAGAUGUUUGAGUACUGCAGUUCUCCAGUGAACCAAUCUGAAACUAGUUGUUCGCUGGAGCCCAUCUGUGACCAAGGAAGAGUUACACCCACUCACGACUGUGAUACUGUUACCUUAAGUCAAGCAGAAUCGGGGUUUUUCCAGCUGGAACUGGAUCAAGUCAUUUUGGAUAGACCAGCAUUGGAGAUGUCCACAAAAAAAUUGAAGAUGGAUUUCUCUCUGCCGAAAACAUUCAAUCCCGGGCUGCCUGAUAACCCUGGCAGUGUGGAUUUUGAAAACCACACUUCACACAUUGCUCAGGCAAAAAUGGCUGUUGCUGUGACGGAUUUUGGAAGUAUUGAUGUUGGAGAUGUGAACAGCUUGCUCAGUGCUCACACAUUGCACCACCCUGCAACUAUUCAUUCGGAAUCGUUAUCUCAGUGAGAGCUAGGCGUCUCGCAGAAUAUUUUAUUUAUAUUUUACUUUAAAAGUUACUGGAAAUCUAAUUUUUGACAUGACAUCAGUGAUGUCUUCUAUUUAUUUACAGUGUGUAUUUGUUUCUUGAGAGGAAAGAACCAUUUAUUUUUGGGCCCAGAUACAUGGAUAGGAUCUGACCCUUUUUGGAUGGUACAUGGAGAGGUAUUUUUCCUCACACUUUACAGAGCAACCUUUUUCACCUAUUCAGUUUUGUACUCGUCUUGUCUGUGAAAUUGGAUUCAUAACAAUAUCACCUGCAAGUCUCAUUCAUGACAUUUAUUCUAGUCAUAGACAUGAUCAUUUUUUUAAUUGUGCACAACGUUUAAAAUCCAACUCCAGUCAUUUCCUGCAUCUCUAAGAAGCUAAUCAGUGUUCUUUUUAGACAAGGGUGUGUGUGCAUUUUGUGUGUGACCGAUUUCUAAUUAUAUCUUUGAUUAAACCAAACCACCUUAUUGGUGAAAGAAGCUACUUUCAUGACUAAGAAAGAUAAACAUGGAAAAGCUAAGUUCAUAUAAGGUUUGGGAAAACAUGAACUAUUCAAUUUAAUGAAACCCUAUUUCAUAUCAGCUGUUUAUCUGUCCCCGUUUUGGAUCCAACAACUAAAGGUGCACCAACCUUGAACUAUUUUGAACUGAUACAAAAUAAUGAUUUGGGUGCCAGGAGAGGGCACAUAUUAUCCAAUCACUAGAACAAGACUAGUACUAGGGAUUGUUGAAACUGGGUCCCAGGGACUCCUUAUACCAAAAUGUGUGGCAGUGGCUGUGUUGAAUUAAUGCCACAAGAUGAUGGUUUGUGGUAAAUAUUUUGCUGUACAUCUAGUGUUAAUGGAAGGGUACUGCAUGGACCAGAAGGGAUUUGUAUUUCCAUGAACGUAAGGAUUGUAGAAAUUUGGAAUUUCUUUUACACACCACCCCCUCCCCUUACAACUCCCCCAAAUAAAGUUCGAAUAUCUUUCAAUAGCUGACAUUCACCAGCUUCUUUCUAAAAAGCAAUUUAGAAACUAAAUAUCCAAGCCAUGGUCCAAUUGGAAUUCAUUCACUGCUUUAUCCAUCUUGCUGCUGGCUGGUUAAUUGGUCAUUAAGUUAAAUGCUUAGAAUGGUUUCAUUUUUGGAAACAUGUUUGGUUUGUCACAGAUUCUGAUCCUAACUAUCUAUGGGACUAGAAUGCUAGAAUGAAACGGUGAUUAACCCAAUAUGUUUUGUGAUUGAAAACCUUUUCCAUGCAAUAAAAUUGAAACAGGUUUCUGCACUAUCUUUUGUUAAGCAUUGCCAUGUAGUGAAGCGAUUUUUCCAUGCGCUACAGUUGAGUUGCAACUUACGUAGACAGUGACGUAAAAACGUUUGGGUUUUGGGGGGCUGCUGUACCUUUGCCUCUAGGAUUUUUUAAUAAUGUAACAUUUAAUAAAACAAAAUUUUAACUAUCUUGCACUGAAAAGAUUCUGUGCACUCAAACAUUGCUAGUUUUCUCUUGUACUAUAUCAGCGUUACUUUAAAAACAAUCCUGUAUGUUCAUUAAGCAAGCUGCAGGCGAUUGCACAUUUGAGUUAAAGCCAUUUGAGUUACAUUUUGUUUGAAAUAUUGCUGAAAAUCUUAGUUGACAUAAGAUCACUUGGCCAUCCAGCCAAGCUAAAGACUUGUCACCUUAAACUGUUGCACACUUUGUCUUACUUAUGUUGCACCAAUGGCCCCACCUAAUGUUAAAAGAACUAAUAGUAUGUUGUCAUUUACUAUUCAAUAUUUUUAAAUAACCCAUAAGAGUCACCCUGUACCUCAUUUUGCAUACAACUCACCAAGUGGUCAAAAUAAGAAUUUUUUAACAUUUGUGGCAGUUUCCUUAUCAGAAAGUGCUUUAUUCCAAUUCACUUAUUAUUUUUUUAAAUACUGUACAUCCCUGAACAUUCAGAACUAUUUAUUAUUCAGUCUAACUUAGUUUGAAUGUCAGUAGCCUUUAUUCUUUUGUCACAGUCAUGUGCUGGCAGUCUGAGGACUGUAACAAUAAAUGCAUGCAGUAAAGCUUAGAUCCUUGAAUGAAGAAAUUUUCUUUUGGUUUAAUAGUGCCAAUCCCUGGCUGAGUUGUGGCAAUAUGUCCAGUCAGCAUUCAAACUCCAUUCUAGAUCUAAAGCUCAUAACUGGACUGCAACGUCAGUAUGAUAUUGAGGCAGUGUUGUGUUGCUGAAAUGGCCAUAUUCCUGUUGAAAAAUUAAACCAUUCAGAUGUACGUAAAGGGUCCCAUUGAAAUUAUUUCAAAAAUAGCAUUUGAGUUGUUCCAGUGACCUGGCCAGUGUUUGUCACUAUAGUAAAUUAUCAGGCCAUUAAUACUUUUCGGAAGUAACAAUGCUAUGAUUUGUUAGGGAGAAGAAUGAAAAUUCUAUUGUCUGACCUACCAGUGAUAGGUUCUGCCUUAGUUCAUCUCCUUUCCUGAGUAAACACCAAAGUUCACUGCCUUGAAAUUGUGAUUCACUUUAAAUUUUAAUAAAUAUUUAAGUAGUUCAAGUUGUACAGUCUCAUUUGCAAUAUAAUGUACAAUUAAGUUACUCCCUGCUCCAAAACAAGAGCUGUUUGAGUUCUUAAAAUUUAGAUUUUGCAAUGAAGUAAAAAUUGUAUAUUUGUGCUGUUAUUUUACAGCAGGCUCCUUUGUUUUACUUUUUAUUUAAAUCAACUAUUAAUUGAAAUCCUGGUCUAACACUGAGGAGGCACAGACCUGCAUGAAACCCUCUAUCAUGUCUAUGGCAGAGUACUUGACAAACCUUUGCAUUUUUAUUGUUACUUUUCUUAAUUGUGUUCCAGGGAGCAUGUUAUAAUUCCAGGACAAUUGUUCCCACACAAACUAUGCAUUCUGCCAUUAAAGGCAAACAUUUAUAGCUCCGAGCACCAUAAAAGCCAAUCUGAUGAGACAAAAUUUGAGAAAAUAAAUUUGUUGCAUUUAUUGUGUAAGAGAAAUUCAUGUUGUGAGCUCUGUGUGAACGAGUAUUAAAAGAUGUUUUAACACAAAUCUUGAAUCCCCCUCGAGAGUCCCACUAUAUUUAUUGGGAAGAGGUCCUUUAAUUUCUAGGAGCAUAAAUUAAACUAAACCAAAGUUCUGCUGUUGCUUAGAAAAGUACUUUGAUAAAAUCCUCUUGCAGGAAUGAAAAAAACCGAGAUUGACCGUAACGACAAACAAGUUUUGUAGGAAAGUUCUUUAAAUGUUAAGUUGUGCUGCAGUUUAAUAUGUCUGAAAUGGUCACUUCUGUGGCCAUUGUAAUCUUUGAUGCCUGUAUAAAAUACAAAGAGUAUAGAAUUGGAAUGUUCUCAGGGUCAUUCUUUUUUAUUGUAUUGGACAAGUUUUCUGUAAUUGUUAGAAAUGUCCAUAUUCUAACAACCACUUAUUUCAAACAGUAUUCUAAUGAAUUCAAACUUGCAUUGUUACUACAUAGAUGAGUUGUGACAUCUGUAAAAAUAUGGUAUGGGAAUAAGGAUAAGGCAAACCAAAAAUUCUGAAGUGUUGAUAUGCAAACAUGCAUAAUGUUCAACAAUGUCCAAAUUUACCACUCGCUGGCACAUUGAAACUUUAAAAGUGCCCCAGGGCCUAUAGCGGGCAGCUUGUGCUUCACGCCUGUAAUGGAGUCUCUGUCCUAAAAAGCAGCAUUUGCUGUUGGAAUGAAACUUGAUAUUUUCUGAAUGACCUGAUUCCUCUGUGACUUUUUAUUUUUCACUUCUGUGCCAGCAUCUGAGUAGUGUUCUUCUACUAUCUAUAAACUUGUGCUCCUUAAAGAAUGGAUGUGAUCUAACACUUGACAUCUGUGGAAAGUUUAUGGUAUAUUGUCUUUGUAUUUUACCAUCUGUGAAGUACGCCUGUUGUCUCUUUGGCAUGAAAUUCCUCUUUUUAGCCAGAUUCUGCAGGAUCUCUGCUCCCUGUAUUUGAGUAUUCAGCAGCAAAUCACAGGGAGGUGCAUUGUUGAAAUGUGAAAUCUCAUUUUAAGGUCAUUAAUUACAUAGAAAUGCAGAAUUUUUUUGUUGCAGUUGUUUGUAAGUUUGGGACGAUAAUGUUUCUAGCUGCCAAAGUAUUGGAAUUUUAUUUCCCAUCCAGGAAGAGCCACUGGGCACACAAACCUAACCAUUCUUCUGAUUAAUGAUUAGAACUGACUGAGGAAAAAUCAUAAAUUUAAUAAAUGGGCCCCUUCUGCAUACUUUUCUAAUUUACAUAAUAUUUAAAACUGACUGAUCUGACUUUGUCACUUACUUUCCCUAUUCGUUAUUUUCAGAGCUGCUUUAAAAUUGAUGGAAUUGAAACGGUGGUGCAGCUCCAAGGAAAAUUAUUGUAUUAAAAGAUUUAUCUCUAUUGAUAGAUGAUGGUUGUUUUAUGUUUCUUACCAUUUUACCUUUGCAUUAUUUACUCAUUCACUCUAUGUACACAUUCCUGUGAUUUUUUUUUUUGCUUUGUUAUUUGCUCUUAUUUUCUACUUGUGCCAUGGACUUCCCAUCUGCAUCUCUUUAAACCUGUCAUAUGGUUAUGGCAAAAACGUCUGGCUCCCCCAAAGAUUUUAUGUUUUUUUUAAAUGAAUCUUCUAGCACGAUGGCCAAAUGGCAACUGUUAUUUUUGUCCAACCUAAUUUAUUGCUUGGAGGUUGUGGAGUGAGACAAAUAAUUCAGAGCAGGGAGUGAACAUGUUUGCAUCUUAAUUGCAUCGUAACCAACAGUAAGUUAUUUCCUUUUAUUGUGGAGCUGCAAUCAUAAUCACAUCAUUAAGUCCAUAAUAUCAGUUAAAUAGCAACAAAUCUGACUAACUUUGGAAGAAAAGUACUACAAAUGGUCAAUUCCAUACAGCCAGCUGAGGUGUUGAACCAUUCAGUUCAGAAUCAUUCAGGGGAGACAAUUGGGCAGAAUUACGAAAAAAAAAAGUUAAUAGAUUUGAGUUUGAUUGGCUUAAUUGUAUGCAAGCUUUGCCAAGUUUGUAUUUCUGAAACUGACCAUGGAUAUUUACAGUUUCCACAAACUUCAAAUACUCUAUGUAAAAAGAAAAAAAACAACAAAUUCAUUAAUAAAGUUGUAGGUAUUCAUGCAAUGGCUAGAAGCAGCAAUAACUCACAGCCCAUGGUGUAUUUUAUUGAGAGAAAAUGGAAACUUUAUUCUUGUUCUGUGUAGUAUAGCCUAAACAAAUAACAGAUGUAUUUUUGUGAGAAUAUUCUACAGGAAGGUAGACUUCCAAUGCAAUAUAACCCUUUAAUAUUGUGACAUUGAAACAGUUUCUAAUGGCAAAAUAACUGGGUAUUUGGUUGGUUGCUGCAUCAUAUCUGCCUUGCUCUAUUAUAUAGCAACUGAUCCUCCUUGUCAUUAAUAGACUGAAUUAUAAGAUUAGAAAUUAACAUAGUAUCUGUGCAUUUUCAAUUAUGUAUUUUAAUUCAUGCAAGCCACUAAUUAUUUGUGAAUGACAUUUAAUCCCUUCACUGGUCUGAUGAAUAUUAUUAAACAUAACACCAGCCUAAGUAUAUCUUGUUCAAACUAAAAUUGGUUUUAAACCUGUGAAGAGACCAGUGUUUUCUAAAUUUCAGUCUGUGUAUUUGUAUAGUCAGAAUUCAGAUGGAUUAAAUAGAAGUUGUUCAUCAGUUCAAUAGCCGAAAACAAGGAUGUUCAUACUGUUAACAAUGGGCAUUAUGAACAGCAACCAAUUAGCUUAGUUGCAAAGAUCUUACCCUCAGGUGUUUGAAUCCCAGUGGCUGAUGAUCCAACUCCCCAUACCUAUUUUACUUAGGAUCUCAGGGGAGAAUCAGCCAGGGAGGGAACUAGGAAUUUGGAGUCAGGUGUGCAGUUCAGGAUGUUAGAAGGGGGUGCGCUUCAGAAAAAUGAGGUGUCGGCUGAUAUUUUCCUUUUCAAAGCAUCUUGGGCAGUUCUUGUACUGUAGCCAGGAAGACAUGGAGAAGUCAUGUAUGUUGCAAAGCAUGUGGUGCAUUGUAAAAUGUGCACUUACUCUAUAUUUAUAUUAAUUGAAACAAAAGUGCUGUGUAAUGAAAGAAACUGUAAUAAGUGUGUUUUAAAAGAGAAAAAAUCUGUCCUGCUGCUGCUACUGUAUCAUCCUCUGUUAUUUUGUCUUGAUGUGAAAUCCCUUUGCUAUCUCUCCUUAAUACUUCAUCAUUGGUUGUCAAAAAAAAAACUGACUCCACAAGAUGAGCACAAACUGAACCCAAAAUCCACCCAAUCUUGCAAUUUUUGCUUUGGUUUUACAAAGGGAAGCUGAAUUCCUAUGUUCUGACAAUUUUUCAAUUGUACUUUUGAUUUAUAUGUGUGUAGAAAUUUUCAAUGUUUUAAAAUUUCAGACGUUGGAAACAGUCUUUAGCAUUUGGUCCAACUCCGUAUAAAAGGACUAAAGCUCGAAAUGGAGUUUUUGGGGAGGACUGCAUUUGAGAUAAUCGGUAUCAAAACUUGUUCUGCCCAUGUGCUACUUGUCAUAUCCUCCAUGUGACUUAGUUUUCCUUUUGUACUGUUCUUAGUAUGCAUGUAGACAAAGUGCAUAUAUCAAUCAAAAGCUAAGAUUGUUGUCCAGUUUAAAAAUUGAUCUGCAUCUCCCAAUAACAUACUAAAUUGAUCCAUUGAGUAACCAAACAGAUUAGGAGGAUGCUAUGUACUCAUCUGGUAACAAGUAGGGAAGCAAUUGAAGCGAAGUACCCAUGGGUUAGGUGGCUGAAAUCAGUGAGGGUUUCUACUUUUGAUUUCUAUGUGAUCCUUAAUGGAAGUGCAGAGGUCGAGUGAGGAAGUGGGGCCAAACCUCUCACAACCAAUACCUUGCUUAUCUAAGUUUACACCUUCUCACUUGGGUGAAGUACUCGAUAGGCAGUUGGCAACUGUGAAAUUACCUACCAAUGAAUCAAGACUUCUCACUAGAGAUGGAGGAAAUACGGUACAGCAGAUUGCUAAUUUUGGAUUUUUUAAAAGUAAAAUGUGCAUUUUUCAGAGACGUUUAAACUAUGUGUAUAUUUUUAAAACAACAUUCAUUGCUUAUUGUUACUAGUUAUGUUCUUGAAAAGAAUCAAAUUUUAUAAAAGUGUGGAAGUUUUCUUUUCAAUAUUUUAAAGAACAAAAUUUGUACGUUAAGGAGGACUAGUGAUAUGUAUGUAUUCCCUACCGAUAACUUAUGCUCCAGGUAAAAUGUGACUGGCUUAAAUGUGUUUGAUCUACAAUGACUAUAUUUUUACGUUUAAAGUUGAAAACACACAACUGCCAUUUGUGCAGAUUCGUCUUGGACUAAUCUACAUAUGCCUUUUUAUAUAAUAGCUGGACUGGAGAAAGUGUAAAUGGAUUAGACACUGCUGCCAUGCAUGUAUGUGACUUCACUAUGAGAUAGUAUAAGGACCCAGUAUUUGGACAACCAGUUGCACAUUCGUAAAUUGCAACAUUCCUUGUAUGUGACUGCCCUCUAUUACUCUCGGACUGUGGCUUUGCCUACAGCUCAGCACUAAAAGUCUGAAAUGUAUAAAAAAAUUCCUGUUGUAAAGAAAAAUAGUGGUAAAAUAUUUUUGAUGUUUCUUUGUAAAUAUAAGUUAUAAGGCUCAUGCUGUAAUGUUAAAACUCCUGUAGUUUGUAUGUUGUAGAUUUCCUGGACUGCCUAGGUUGCCAGAAAGAAGCACCCUGCUGCAAUCUAGGAAGCAACCACUAGAUGGUGAAAUAUAUUUAUUUUUGUGGUCAUGUAGCUGGCGAAGUCUACACUACACUUUAUAAGGUUGUAAUGGAUAACAACAUUCUGUGCCUGUAAAAGUUUCUAUUCAGGACAUUUAAAGAACUAUCAAGGACAUUCAUCUUUUGCAGAUCUGCCCAGGCUGAUUUCCAGAAAUGAGUUUUAUAUUGCACAGUAUUUUAUACUUCCACUGAGAGUGCUUUGUUCAUCAGCCGCCCAUCAAACCAAGAGAAAUAUCAUUCUGUUACAUAGAUAUUUUAUCACGAUCAGUUUUAAUGGCACUUCUCUGAUUUGUGUAAGUAGGUACAGUAGCAAACGUUUCUCAUUAUAACAUGUCUCAGUUUUCUCAAAUUUGACAUUUUCAAUACUUCUUAUUGAGAUGAGCAGUUUGCUGCAUUAUGUAUUCUUUUCCACAUUUGCACCAUGACCUUUAGGAAGACUUCAAAACAUUUUAUUCCACAUUGAGCUAUUAGUGAGUCCAUUUUGUUCAGAGCAUUUCUGUCUUCAUAUAAUGCACAUUUCAUUGUGAUGUAACUAUCAUUUUAUUGUAGUGUUUUAAUACAUUGUGAACUAUUUUGAAAAUAAGAUGAUUACAAUGUAGUUAAUGUUUUGCACAGUUAUCAGUUGACCCAACAUAUUUAGAUUACUGUGUUACAUAUUAAUGCCCUUUUGAAACCUUCAAAAUAGUUAGAAGUGUUGAGAAUUUUGUUUAAAUGCAGAAAUAUAUGUCAUUGUGAAUUGUUAAGUCCAGCCUGCACAGGUCUGUAAUAAUGUGCCUACAGUGUUGCGCUCAGAGUCCAAGAAGUGAAAGCCCAGUACAGUGAUGAAAGCAGGCACUUUACAUGUUUCUUAUAAUCUUCAUUAUUGCCUUAUAGUGAAUUUUAUCUUAUGAUUUUGACACUUGAGUGCUGUCCAUUGUUGUGAAAGAUUCUCAGUCCAUUGCCAAUGUGAAUGAGUUCUAUGAAAAUGCAAAUCGUGUCAUUAUACUAUCUAUAACUAGAAAUAUUUGAAAUUUAUUAACUUAUUGGAAAUAAUUGCAGUGUUGGUUGUGUGAGAGACCAUUUUGUUUUUCAGAUGUAGCUACUUUUAAAGCAGUGGUACCUUGCAAUGAUUAGAGUAGGAACUUUGCUUUCGUAGAGGACAUAGCUGAUCUAAAUAUCAAAUUGUGUGCAUGAAUUGGGGGGAGAAAAGAGAACACUGUCAUUUGAAAGAAGCUAACAAAGUUCAUGAAUAUGUCGUACUCACCUGUUCUGUUUGUUCAUUGCAAAUAACACCUUUCGUUUUUGAAUGAGCAGCACAGAUGAUGGAGGGGAAUGUGUACAUGGCUUCUUGACCAUGGAUCGAUCAAAGGAAAAUCUGAAAAAGAUUUGUCUAAUAUCUGAAAUGAUUUUGAAUAAAAGUAGUAAAUAUGAAGAAAAUGCAAGAAAUGUUUCAUCCAUGAUAAUUUGUGUACAUUUGGAAUUGAGAGACUGCAGGCUGUGAAAUUUUGUCUGACAUGAAAUAAUGCAUUUUUGAAAUUGCCAUUAGUGGUAAUGUUUUCAGUAUUUGCUGACCUUAAUCACUGCUACCCUUCAAAUGAAAAUUGAGGGUGCGAGAAUGACAGUCAUAUUUGUAUGCCAGCUAAUAGCUGGUUGUGAGUGGCAGAAGUCUGGAUGAAUGUUGUUGGGGAGGGAGGUUAUAGAGAAUUGUUUUUAUAAGAACUUAACUGAGUGCAAAAUAACUGGCACUUCAAUUGUGAGAAAAUAUUUCAGGAACUCGGUGCCAUCUAUGGUGGUCAUUUGUUUCAAAAGUAAAAGUUCUCAGUUGACUUAUGGUGAUUCUCCAUUUUCAAAGAUUUCUAAGACUUUUUUUAAACCUAUUUAUUUUCAUCUGUCAAUUGUCAAAGUAACACAAAGUUGAAUGAAAGCGUAUUGGAGGUGUGGUAAAUGUUAUGCUGAGAAAUAACUUAGAUCUUGCUAUUUGACUUCUAAAAAAAAGUGCAUUACAUGAAAUACUUCUCCCUACUGAAGUUUCUGAAAGCUUCUUCAAAUUCCAGAAAUUACUAUUCAUAUCCAUCCAAAGUGAUAAAUGCAUUGUAACAUUUUAAUGUUUCGAUACAGCCAACCACAACAAUUUCUUCUAUUUCUUCUUUUGCCUAAGAUUUUUCUACGUGGCUAUUUUGUGCAUGUACUGUAAUUGCAUCCUUGACUUUCACAUGCAGGUUGCAGAAAGCUAACUACACAGUAACUGAAUACACUUGUAAAAAGUGUGGACACAUCCUGUGUGUGAAAUAGAUGUGGGUCACAACCUGUUGAUGCAGAAUAACAGCACAUGAUCAGUCUGAUUUGAUACUUAACUCAGUACCUCAGUAAUCUUGAUUCAUUAUCCAGUUUCUCUACAGUUUUCCUUUUAUAGGAAUAUGUAUAUCUAAAAUUUCUUAAUGUACUUUUGAAAUUGUUCUUGAUUCAGUUGAAAUAAUUGAAAGUAAUGUAGACUUCCCUCUCAAACUGUGACCAGAUUAGUAUUGUUUGUCUGCUGUGAAAAGCCUAUGUUUGUCAUUUUGUACUAUACAAUAAAACCUUGAUAA